AUGAGCCGGAACGUCUCUCCUGACCGCGACUUCUCCUCCUCAGGCCCCAGCACCCCCCGCCGAGCGGCGACGUCCGGCCGGCCUCAGUACAUGACGGUGGGCUCUGGCUCGACCUCCGAAAGCGCCGCGCGCCUUGUCGCAUUGCUGGACGAUGACUCUGGGUACGGUGGAAGCAUACGCAGCGGCGGGAGCAAUGGCUCGUCGUGGCAUCCAGGGCUAACGCACGAUCGACCCACGCCUAGUCAUACUCCAGAGGUUACCGACAGACACAUACAUCAGGGCUACUACAACCGCAACAAGACACAGCUGCUGCGCGCUAUCAAUGAGGCAGUCGACACACUGAAGGACUUUCAAGCGUUCAACCAGGAUUGGCCGGCACACUAUCCCUCCGUUCAGCGAGCAGAUCCUUCCGAGCCCACCUCUUCACAGCGAUCUGAUCCUCGACCUGGUCUGCAUCAUACUCAGUCAACGCUCGACAACCACUAUGAGCCUCGGGGUCCGCCUCCCAGCAGGCCGGGCCUAGCAAGGCGAGCCGGUACCUCGCUGGGAGAAAGAGGAUGGCAGCCCGAGGCCAGCUCAUCUGCAGCUCGUCCGACAGCAGAAGAACCGAGACUGGUGACACCGCAGUUGGCGCAGAACUUCCUGUCAGUGCUCAACAUCGAUUUGAAGAUGGGUGGCUUGUCGCAGGCAGAGCUGGUUCACUCGCUGGAGAAGAAGUCUAUCGCGUCCCUACUUGACGGCCAAAUACGGAAGAUCAGGCAACACCUGUACGCACUACGCGAGCGCAUAGAAGAUACGUCGAGCAAGGUGUUAGUUACCGGGGAUCUCAAUGCAGGCAAAUCGACCUUUUGCAACGCGUUGCUGCGGAGAAAGGUACUACCGGUGGACCAGCAGCCCUGUACCGCCAUCUUUUGCGAGGUUCUAGAUGCUCGAGAGAACGGCGGCAUUGAAGAGGUGCAUGCUGUGCAGAUCGACACUCAGUAUGUACGCGACGAUGAGCGGACAUACGACGUGUACGCGCUGAAAGAGCUUGAGAACAUCGUUACUGAGAACGAGCGCUACUCGCAAUGUAAAGUCUAUGUAAAGGAUAUCCGGAUGGUCAACGAGUCGUUACUCAAUAAUGGCGACGUCGACAUUGCGCUCAUUGAUGCACCUGGUUUGAACGCGGAUUCCAUUCUGACUACCGCCGUCUUCGCGAAAGAUGCAGAAAUUGAUGUGGUGGUAUUCGUUGUGUCAGCCGCCAACCGCUUCACUCAAUCCGCCAAGGAAUUCAUCUUCAAUGCAGCUCAGGAGAAGGCCUACAUUUUCAUGGUGGUAAACGGAUUCGAUAACAUCCGAGACAAGAAAAGGUGUCAGGAGAAGAUCUUGGAACAGCUUGCAGGCCUCAGUCCCGCAACUUUCAAAGAGUCAUCAGAGCUUGUCCAUUUCGUUUCCAGCAGUUCCAUACCAGUCGCUCCUCUAGGCGGUCCCGAUGGGCCUGGCGGCGACGGGAGCGGUGGCAGCGGAGGGUCUGGUUCUGGAUUCGAGGUCCCGGACGGUGAUGACGAUGACGAGCCGUCAGGAAAGCACGGUGAGCCGGGCUCGCCACCUGGAAAAGGAAAAGGCAAGGAGCGUGAGAAGAUACGAGAUUUUGAAGAGCUCGAAGCAUCAUUACGACGCUUCGUGCUGGAGAAGCGAGCACAGUCUAAACUCGCGCCCGCAAGGACUUAUCUGAUGAACGUUCUGCGGGACAUCGACAGCCUGGGAACGUUCAACCGGAAUAUCGCGCAAUCAGAGUUCAACCGUGUGACCGAAGAGCUGCGGACCCUAGCACCCGCUUUUGAGAAGUCGAAAGAAGCCGAAACCGAAGUCAGCAGAGGCACCGACCAGACCAUCGAGGAGACCGCAAACAACGUCUUCACGCACACCCGCGAACACGUCGGCUCUUCCAUCGCGCGACUCGCGGAACACGAUUUCGGCGUCCAGUACCCCGGUCUCCUCAGCGCUUACUCCUACGCCGAAGACCUCAAGGCCGCAAUGAUCCAGGAGAUCUCUGACAGCGUCACGCGCUGCGAACAGUACGCCCGCGAGCAGACCUCCGACCGAGUUAACUACAUAAAAUCGCUAGGCCUUUUACAUCUUGGCGACAACUACUCCCCCCAGAUCUUCCGCAGCGAACGCAUGUUCAUCAAGCGAAGAGACGCGCUCGCUCGCCAGGUCGACUUCGAGGUCGAGACGCUCGACUUCUUCGACAUGGCCAGCCUGUGGGAGCGGCAAGAGAAGGUGGCGGGCACCGGUAUGGCCGUGACGGUCGCCGGCGUCGUCGGCACCCGGCUCGUCGGCGGCGUCGGGUGGGUCGACGGCGCGCUCGGCGCAGCUAAAGUGGUGGGCGCCAACAACCUCCGCAGACUCAUCAUCCCCGGCGCCAUCCUCACAGUCAUCUUAGGCAUCUCCUACGCUCUCGCCUCGAUCCCACGCUCCCUUCCGCGCCGCCUCAGCAGCAAACUCAGCGCACAGCUCGCGGAGCUCGACUACACGCACAAGAACGCGCUGCGCAUCUCCUCCGAGGUGCGCAAGGCGCUGAAGUUCCCGGCCGGCGAGCUGCAGAGCGAGCUGUCGCGCAACGCGAGGGAGCUGAGGGGGAAGAAGGAGGAGACGAGUCGCUUUAGGGACGAGGCGGAACAUGCGCUUAAGUACUUUACUAAUUUGGUGAGGAAGAGUGGCAGGAUUAGGAAUGUGGUUGAGAAUGUGAACUUGGAGGGGCCGGCGCCUGGGGCUUUGGUUGUUUGA